AGGCGCCGGAAGGGUGUGGCUAAGGCGUGGGUAGUCAAGAUCCCGGACCGAUACCGCAAGAUCUAAGAUACUUCCAUUGGUCCAGUAUCGGAACCAUGUAGUUCGUGGACGAACAGUCUACUUACAUGGAUUGUUGCCAGUCUGUUUCCAGGAUAAGUACUCAAAGAAUACCAGAGCAUCAGCGGUACUCCACUCAAGGAGUACGCCUAGGGAACCGGGGUUUGCGCGGUUAUGCAUGAUGACUUGAUGGUGGCUGUGAACGCUCUCAGAUCUGGGAGUCCCAUUCAACCCACCGUAGCCGUCGUCAGCUUGACGGCUCUCUAGCUGCUUUUUGUCCUCUAUGGAUCUGCCUCCGGAGCUCACAGACAUCAUCGUCGACCACUUACACGACGAUGUGUACGCCCUCAGUGCGUGCGCGCUGACCUGCCGCGCGUGGCUGCCCACGGUCCGCUUCCACCGCUUCCACCACACCAAGCUCCCAACGAGCCGCGAGUCUACCCGCCAAUUCCAUGAAGUGCUCCUCGCGUCGCCGGAAGUGCGCGAUAUGGUGCAUACGCUCGAGCUGCAAGGCCGCCUCGGAUGGUGGCUCGACGACGCGGCUGCUUGGCAGGGUGCAUCCUACGCGUUCCUGACGCUGCUGCCGGCGGUGGUGGACCUCAGACUCAUCGUGGUCACCCUCGAGGACUCCGCGCACGAAUGCUCGUGUCGUUUCCGGACGUUCCAGCUGUUCGUUGCCUUGAUUGGGUCGUUCCCGUCCCUCGACACGCUCACGCAAUCCUUCGCCCUGACCUGGCGCUAUGAGAUCCCCUCUGCGGUCUCGCCUACCGGCGGGCUGCGCACCCUGAGAUUGGGGGAGCCAUGGUUUGAGGAAGAAGAUCCACGGGCGGCCGAGCUGGUCACUGCCAAGGACAUGCUCCUACGGGAGCUGCAUUCGAAGAGGACGGUGCAUCUGGCUCAGCGCUUCCUCGAGAUGCUCGGUCCGGACACUCUCGAGACGCUAGACCUGGACAUCAGCAGUGCCGGCGGGCUACUGAAGAUCCUUGAGCGGGAGUCGUUCUCGUUCGCGUCGUGCAUCCGUCUGCGCACGUGCACCUUUCGGAUUCUGCUCCGGGGCACGCAGUCGCUCGACAACGACGAUACGGUGAAGCUGUCGCUCUUCAUGAAGCGCGCCAAGGAUGUCAACAUCGCUCGCAGAGUCAGCUUCAACGAGCUGCAGGCACUCAAUUGGGCUGGUGUCAGCGACAUGUUCACGCAGGCCAAGCUACUGGAUCGCUGUAAGCUGGUUGUGGAAGGAGAAGGCGAGCCGGCCGUCCUUGAGGAUUACAUCCGCAGUGUACGGCCUGAACUGCAUGCACGUCGGGUUAUACAAACGGUACAGUAUACGGCCCAUUGAGGCCAUUAUAUCCGCGUCGCACUCAGCGUCCCAUGUUGUACGACUUAUACCGGUACCGACUUCGCAAGCUGGCCCUGGAAGACAAGCCUUCGAAUUCAAGUCCGUGGAUCUCCGCGAUGCUAUAAAUCUACUAGUAGGAUGUACCAUUACGAUGUUGUACGGUGUCACAGUAUUGGAUUUAGCAAGACUCCCGCAACGCGUUGUUGAAGACCGGCCGUGAAGCCGCCAAUCCGACGAGGCUA